ACCCGUUGCCAUGGCGACGGGCCCAGCGGCCUGACCCGCCGCGCUCGCUUCUCUGGGCGAGAAGCUGAGGGGCCGGGCCCGCCCCGGCGCGGCCGCACGGGACCCGCGGGGAGCCCGGCUCCAUCGCACUGCCUCCCCCGGCCCCGGGCCUCGCUGCGUGCGGACUGCACGGGGAGACCUGCGGCCUCCGAGUCGAUCCCCGGCGUCCGAGCAGCGCUGACUGAAUGAACAUCUGCAACAAGCCUCCUAAUAAGACAGCUCCAGAGGAUUUGGGUGAAGCUGGUCCUAAGGUCCAACGUGCUCGAAGAAAUGGCUGGAGCUGGCCUCUGCACCCUUUCCAGAUCAUUACCUGGCUGCUGUACCUGUUCUUUGCACUGGUUGGCUUUGGAAUUCUGGUUCCUCUCCUGCCCCUCCACUGGCUGCCUGCAGGCUAUAUCUGUCCAGGAGUGUGUUUUAUCUACCAUUUAGUUGUUCAUCUUACUGCAGUCUCCAUUGAUCCUGCGGAUGCAAAAGUGCGAGAAAAAAACUAUCUAGGGCCUCUGGCCACCUUCAAUCGUAAUCAGCAUGCACAUGUCAUUGAAAACCAUCAUUGCCAUGUCUGUGAUGUAAAUGUGAGUGCCAAAUCGAAGCACUGUGGAUCUUGCAACAAGUGUGUGCGUGGCUUUGAUCACCACUGCAAAUGGCUCAACAACUGUGUGGGAGAGAGGAAUUACUGGUUCUUUUUGAACAGUGUGGUGUCUGCCAUCCUGGGCCUUGGCCUUCUGCUGCUCAUUGCUUUCUACGUCUUUAUUGAGUUCUUCCUUAACCCCACAAUGCUUCGUUCUGACCGUCACUAUGAAGGUCUGAAGAACCACACAGAUGUCUGGUUUGUGUUUCUGCCUGCUGUUCCUGUUCAGACUCGGGCACCUGCCAUUUUGUUCUCAGCUGGCACUUUUAUUCUUCUGAGCCUGGUGACUGUGAGCCUGCUAGGCCACCUCUUGACCUUUCACAUCUAUCUUAUGUGGAGCAAACUGACUACAUAUGAGUACAUCCUGCAGCAGCGUGCCCAGCAAGAGGCCAAAGAAGCAGACAAGCAGCCGGAUCCUGGUCCCACCCAGGUGAUACCCAGUCAGGAAGCAGACUUACUUUCAGCUAACCCUGGCCAUACAGACCCUGGUGUUCCGGUGGAGGACUUCUCAGCAGUCAACUCAGAAAAAUGCUUUUCAAAGCUCUAUGUCCACACCAAUGAAGCUGAUCCUGAAGGCAGCUCCUCUCCUGACCUCCCAUCUCUUCACUUUGUGGCCCCUUUGCAGAGACAGAAAAAAAGGAGAAAGAAGAUGCUAAGGACUUCUUCCUCAGUGAUGGAGAGCACAUCUAAACCACACACCGGACCUUGGGCUUCUUUUCCAGGUCCCCAGUCAGAGUUUCCAGCCACAACUGCUGCCGCCUCCUCCUCCCACAGCCCUCUCCUCCUGGUGCCGACCAUUCCCCUGCCUGCUGCAGUGCAGGCAGCAGCACCCCCAGCUGACUAUCACUCCGAGUCUGCUGAGUCCAUGGAUGAGAUUCCCGUGGCUCAGACUCACCUCGGCAGCACAGCCCUUCACAGCUCUCAUAAGAACAGCUCAAGCAAUGCUCGGCGCUGUCCCGUGUCCACACCUGAUCCCAAGCAUUGCAAGGGGAAGAGUCUGUACUCUGGGCACAAGGUAAAAAGGAAAAGCUGCCAGCAAGACAGACGUAUGGAACGAGAUCUGGAACUUUUUUCUAAGACUCCUGCUGUGUUUGUAAGUAAGAGCAGUGGAGAACCUCAUGUCUCUCAGCCCCGGCCUGGUGGGAGCACAUCUGAGCCACAGCACAGAAAAUGCACCAGCAAACGGCAUCUGGGCAGCCAUGAUCCGUGCUUAAAGGACAUAAGGACAAACACCACAGUGCCCGAGUGACCAUCCUUCCAAAGCCACAGCCUUUGGGGGUGAAGCAAGAUGUUCUUUUUCUAUUUGUCUGUUUCUGUUCAAAGGUUUCCACUCCAGCAACUCACUCUCUGGUGACAGCAGCAUUGCUGCGUGUGAUGCUGUCCGACUUCCAGCACACUUAGCUGAGAGGCAACAAAAGCCCUGCUGCAUCACGUUCUUAGGGCUGCUGCCUUCUGAGCUCGGACUGCCCUGAGCCCACUUCCACUCUCCUCGUUAAGGGGAACAGGUUUUCCAGAUAGAGAAGUGCCCAGGACUGCCCGGGUGGGUGCUUUGACACGUUGCCAGAGGGAACUAAACUAGAGCGUUCUCCAUAGGAAAGGGCUGUGUGCUCCCGACGCCCUGCAGACUAAUACUGCAGUAAGUUUCAUGCUGUAGGAUAAAACAAGGCUGCAUCUCCACUGUCUGUUGGUACCCUGAAAACUCAAUUUUCCACCUGACUCCACCCAGGCUUUGGAUCGUGCCUGGGGCCCUCAGCUGGUAGUCAGGGAGUGACCUGAGGAUAGUUCUGUCCCUGUGCCGCCUUUCACUGUGCACCUUCAAGCCAAGUCCACCAGCAUAUGCUCUAAAGCAGUGUGCUUUGACCUGCUCAACUGCAUCUUUCCAGCAGCCUAGAGUGCCCUACAGUGCGCCUUUCUCAGCAGAAGUUUCUAAAGACGCAGCAGGUCCCAAAAGCUUUUCAUUUCCUGGGCUUGCCAAGAGAUAUUAAUCCACAACCCGAGUGUGGAUGUUCUGUAUUGCAAAAAAAAAUCCCACACCUGACACCAGGCCACAGAGCCAGUGCCUGGAGUCACUGCUCUGUGGUGGUGGUGAGAGCAGAGGGUGAUGUGGGCUGCAAAGCCUGUGCUUCUCUGUGCUCUGUGGGCAGCACGUCUUGCUUUGCAUUCCUGGAUGGGUGCUGGAGCCUGGGCUGCCAGGAAGCCCAUAUUUGCCUAGCAGCCAGCUCCCUCAGAGCCUGGGAUAGCAGCGGAGCAACCCGCUGGACCUCCCCACCAGCACUGUGUGCCUGGCAUCAUUCCUCACCUGACAGCUGCACGGCCUCCAUGGCCACCACCCUGAGCUGUGGUUGCCACCUUGGCCCCUUGCACCGUGUCUAACAGCCCCUGCCUGGGUGUGAUGGGGAGGGCAGUGUGCCCUGAGUGCCAGCAGCUGGCCCAGCUCCCUCAGGAAGGGAGGGUGCAGGGGAUGUGUGAGCAUCCAGCUGCUUUCUGUCGAGCACAUCUUGUUCCAAGGCCAUCUCCAGGGGUUGUGUUACCCACAGCCGGUCCCCAGCCCAUGCUCUCUGCCCUGGAGGUUAUAGUACUGAAGGGACAGAGAGCUGAGCUGUCCUCUGAACACCUCUGAGGGGCAGAGGAUGGCCCCUGGAAAGUAUCCUUUGUGUUUGGGCAGGCAGAUUUUCUGCUGUUUCUCCCUGUUUGCUGCCAUCCAAGAGAGCUGCACCCUGUGGGGGGGGGCUUUUGAGGCCAGCUGUCCCCUUACUCUCAAAGCAUCCGACAUCCAUCUCCAGCAGUGUAGCAGAGUAGCUCUGUGUUCUCUUACCCUUUGCCCGUGCAGACCCGGUCCCAAAGUUAAGUAUGGAGCUCUUUAUUAGCUCUGUCCACAAUAAAGUUUUCUACGCCCUUUGCUAAA